AUGUCUGAAACAGUCGCUUUAGACUACGUCGUUUCGGUUUCACCGCAAGCCCACACAACUUCUCGCUUUCUCUCGCAUCUCGAUCACCUUCAGCGUAGACGACGGCGGAGACGCAGCUGCGACAGUGAUGGCAAGAAAGAGAACAGUCGCUCAGGUCUGCGCUGCAUAAAACGCCAUCGUUCCAGAUAUUCUAUCAAAACCUUUUCACCAGAUCUUGUUGCUGCCGAUCUUGCCUUAAGCAGUUGCGAAGAGCAUGAGAAGCCCCUGCAACGGUUACUUAAAACACAGCAGGUAUCAAUAGGCAAGCCUGAGCUCCUAGGUCUUUCUGAUACAAAGUUUAAGACGAAUCUGCAUAAGGUCAAUGCAGAGAACGAGCAAGAC